AGGCUUCUUUACGUAAACUCUUUGUGUUUUCGGAUCCGAAAACUUCGCGCACUGACUGGGGGAUCCCAUCUACUCACCUGGCCUUGUAAACAGAUCUUACUUUGUUUGAAGAAAGACAUAGGCAGGAGGUAGCCCGUCCAACAGCAAAGUGUAGAAGAAGCUCAGAAGUACUGUGCAAGUGUGGUAUCCGGUAGAGGCGUAUCCCGAACGAAACAUCAAGAAGACUCGCCGAAAAUCUCCAUCACAUUGGUGGAAACAUCCGUUCCGGGCAUCCCAUGGCUCAACAACAAGAUUAUUACCCAGGCGCUUCUGUUCUGCACUCAGGCCUCGGACUCAAUGGACAGAUCAUAGAUCAUCAUGCCCAGUCAGCUGGUCUGAGCUCAAUGCCUUCGGCUCCGUCGGUUUUGAGAAAGCAGAAUGUGGCUUGUGAUGCUUGUCGAGCGAAGAAGGUUAGGUGUCAAAGGUCAUCCACAGCAGAACGGUGUGCUCAAUGCAUCAACAAGGAAGUGGAGUGUACGAGCCACUACAUUGAGCAGCUACAAUCGAAAGCUCGAAGGGCCAGACGAAAGACUGGAGGAGACGCUGAAUCUGGACAACGAAAGAGGUCCAGACAACUCGAAGGCGGAGAUGUCUCCACACCCUUUGACGAUCCAGUCGCGCUGCUUCAAGAAGUGUCUAUGGCAACGCUGCAGUCAUCAUUGGGGGACACAAAUGGCGAGACGAGUCGUGCUGGCAGAGAGCGGAUGAAUGCUCUGCAGAAUCCGCUCACGAAAAGACCCUCUGAACGCCGAGACAAUCUUCUCAGAUACUUGUUCUCGCCGACUCCGAUCACGCAUUACGAUUUCGGCUACACUGAUAUCUCGAGCGUGGAACAAUGUGCUUCGGGGACUUCCGACCUGUGGGAGGAAGAUGGCGGGAGGCUAUGGGCGGAAGCGCCAAGCCAAGCCCAUUCGAACGUCUCCGAAGCCGACGUCACCGAACUCGCAGAUGACCUUUUCGAAUCUUAUUUUUCCAUUGCCCAUCCCCGUUUCCCAGCAUUCAACCCCGAUCAGUUCAAAGCUCAGUAUCAAGAACCCGAUACGCAUCCUGAUGGACCUGUCGAUCACGCGCUCCUCGCGGUGUCUAUCGCCUUUGGCGCUAGAUUCUCAGAUCAUCCAGUAAUCGAAAGCGACAGAGCUGAAUGUACGGCUCGGGAUGAAUCUGAAUUUGGAGCUGGUAUCAGACCACCUAGAAGUCGGAUAGUCCAGCUUCUAGUUGUGCGAGCGAGGGAAGUGGUAGAGGCGCAAAAAUCCCAUCGUGUGAGAAAAUUGCUCAAUGCGUUGAUCUUGGUCAACCUAGAGUCGUUGCUGGGCCAAAUACCUACGCUUGGUGAUAGAUAUGUACCAUAUCACUAUCAAGCGGCGGUCAAACACGUCAUUGUUCUAGGCUACAAUAGUCCCGAAAGCCUCCUAGCCAUCAAGGACGAGAAGGAGCGCGCCACGGCCGUGUACGCAUGGUGGAUGAUCUGUCUCGUCGAUGGCUUCAGAUCAGUCUUCCAUCGUCUGCCGUCCAGCCUAAAUGAGAUCAACUACACUGCACCUGAUCUACCUGAGGGAGUACUGGAUAAAGCAGCUGGGCCAUUCGGAGAGCAAGCGGACCAUGCUGUGGUAUGGUUCUCCGCAGCAUCGAUGAGCUCUGCCCUGUGCCGCGACCUCUCUCGCGGUCUGUGGAAUGCGACAGCGAUGAAAGAAGGAAUUCGGAUCGCUUCUCUUCGAAGCUACAUAGCUUCCAUCACCACCUGGAAGGACAAGUAUCUGGCUACUCUUGGUGUCCCUGAAAAGGUCCCGGAUGACUGGGACUUUUUAAAUGCCAUCACAGCCACUGGAUCCGAUACAUACCUCCAUGCUCUUUGGCUUGUCAUUGAGCGCGCUAUCAAAGACUUUGGUAUCUACGAGCUCAAGCGGAUGGCCGAAGGAGAGAGUGUCAGUGUUGAUCCGGAUCACGAGGAAAUCAGGCAGAAAAUCAAGGAGGAAUCAGAGCGUGCUGCAACAAGGAUCAACGGAUUGAUCUCAGUUCUGAAAGAAAAUUCGUACCUACGGCUGGAUCCACUCGUUCUCUAUCAGCCUAUAUGCGAGGCUGGUUGGUAUUUUGCCUCACAAGGUCGAGCAGAAUGUCAAACUUGUGUCGAUGGGCUCAAGCAGUACUCUUUGGCGUACCCGUCUUUUUGGGAUACUGCCCUCAACAUGGAGCGAAUGUACGCCUUGCAAGCCGGCGCCAAUGCCAAUGGCAAGGUAGAGCGUCAAAGCUUCAUUGAUUCCACCGAAUCUAAUGGCGGUCAUGGGCAUGUGACGCCUCUGGAGACUGUCCCGAUUACCAUCACGGGUCUUGGAUACUCCACGCUGCCUGGCUCCAUCCCUCGAGAACUGAGCCAAGAUGCGGGUGCGAUACUAUCAGGAUUUGUGCAGCAGCGUUGAGCAAAUGAAGCAGUAUGUAUCGAUUGCUCAGCCUCAGCCAUCCUGAAACCGAUGACAUGAAUGAAAAUGGAAAUCAGCCACUGUUUUAGAUUCUCCUGGACCCAAUGUUCGCUUACAACGCUAUCCCUUUGGAACAACUUCCUUCCUUCCU